UGAGGAGUUUGUCCAGUGGGUUGAGAUGCUCCCAGAUACACAAACACCAUCGUGGCUGGGACUGCCAAAUAAUGCAGAGAAAGUUCUUCUCACCACACAAGGCAUAGAUAUGAUCAGUAAAAUGCUGAAAAUGCAGAUGCUGGAAGAUGAAGAUGAUCUGGCUUAUGCAGAAACUGAGAAGAAGACAAGAACUGAUUCUACAUCAGAUGGACGUCCAGCCUGGAUGAGAACACUGCAUACCACAGCCUCAAACUGGCUUCACCUUAUCCCACAAACUCUAAACCAUCUGAAGCGGACUGUGGAAAACAUUAAAGAUCCUUUGUUCCGGUUCUUUGAGAGAGAGGUGAAAAUGGGAGCUAAGCUGCUCCAGGAUGUUCGUCAGGACCUGGCAGACGUGGUUCAAGUGUGUGAAGGGAAAAAGAAACAAACCAACUAUUUGCGUACACUGAUAAAUGAGCUGGUGAAAGGUAUGGGAAUUCAAAUUAGCGUCUCCCAGGGCUCUCUUUGCUUCUUUCACUCUGUAAGAGGCUGCUGUGGUAAGCAGCUUAGGAAAAAAACCAAAAAUGGUAGAAAAAUGUGGAUAGACUUUGCCAUUUGACACAAGUAAUACUUA